UUUACGUACACAAAUUUAAUUCCUGAUGAAUUUUUGCAAUCGAUUCUUAGUUUCCUCCCUGUGAUAAAUCACGAAUCUUUAUUCAGAAGAUCUACAAUCCACGCCUACUACACAAUGACAAGGAGUUUACCAGAUGACAUCUUGUCUGACAUCUUCCUUAGGCUCCCGGAUAAGUCUCUUGUCCGCCUCAAAGUCUUAUCCAAACACUGGCACUUGUCGAUUUCUCGAAUGUGUGUUUGGCGGGAAGAAGGUGAUGAGAAAGUUCACCCCUUAUUACGUUGGGAUGACCGCUGGUUUAGCAUUUUUCGGUUGCCAUUUAGACCAGUUGCCGUUGAUCUUCUCGAUUGUUGUAAUGGCCUGCUCUUAUUUUUGGGCAUACAAUCCGGUCUAUAUUAUGUUUGCAACCUAUUGACCAGGAAAUCUGUGUCAAUCCCUAGUCCUCCAUUUUUGAUGCUAACAUAUUGUUGCUGUGCACUUGCAUUCGAUCCCUCUCAUGGGUCAACUAGCUACAAAGUUAUACGGAUGGACUGCUCUCUGUACCGAGCUGAUUUUCAUGUAGGCAUAUACUAUUCGUCUGACAGGUGUUGGGUUAGACACACACUGAAGGUGGACCCACGCUUGCGCGGUGAUAUACCGUUGAGUCCCUCGGUGUACUUUAAUGGGGAUUUAUUUCGAUUAUCUGAUACGUGGAACCUCAUACGGUUUGAUCUGAAGAGUGUGAGUAUUAGCGUGACUGGACUUCCUUUGAGUUAUAGAGAGUGCAAUGGCUUGAUGGGAUGCAUUGGGGUACAAAUGGAUCGGUUUAUGUACGCGAAUGAAUCAUGCAAUGUGUUAUACGUAUGGUCGCUCGACAAUGAUGUACAGAGUUGGGAUUUGAAGCACAGAAUUAAUAUUUAUGAUUUGACCAGUGGUAUUUUGCUUAACAACGCAGAUGCCCCUGAUGGUUGUCAUUGGAUUGAGCCGGUUGCUUUUGAUCCAUACUCGAAUGUAAUCUACAUUGGCAGCUCUCUUGUUAUCCUCAGAUGCAAGCUGGACAAGGAUUAUAGUUUGGAGGAGGUGUGUAGAGUGGAUGGGAAUGUCAUGUUUUUUCGUGGAUGCCACUCUCGUCAAGCUUUUCCUUACAUUGAAUGUCUUGUUCCAUUCACGGAUGCUGGAGAUGCUUGUAAUCCGAGUUUUUUGAAGAAUGAAGACGACGCUUUUCCUCUCCGACUUCGACCGUUCUUGUUCGAGAAUUGGAGAAAAUCAAGAAUCCAGAUUUCAUGCGAUGUUGAUCUAAUCUCUGAGACCGGACGUCGACUUCCGACGGUCGAUAGUGGAGACGAGGGGUGCGUGGAU